AUGGAUCAGCAAGGCCAAUCCGGGGUCCCCGGCCCCGCUGGCCGCAAGCUCCAUAUCGCUCACCGGCGAAGCCCCUCAGAACUGACCCCUCUCAUGAUGGAACAGCUGGCGAUUCAGCAACAGAUCGAGCUGCUUCAGCAGCAACAGCAACAGAUUGCCGCUACGCAUCAGCAAUAUGUCAACAUGGGUCUCUUACAACCACAGCAAUUGGGCCAGGUUGGCGGCUUCUCUCCCUCGCUUCAGGGAGGUGCAAGCAUGGCUGGGGUUUCCCCUCAGCUCAACGCCUUCCAGUUCCCCCAGGUCGCUCAACAGCAGCAGCAGCAGCAGCAGGGCCUGGGUGUGCCCCAACAUUCUCACCGACGCAACCAGUCGGCACUUCCCGGCCUCGGUUUGGGCCCCCCGCCCGCCCCGUCCUCGGGGGCGUCGGGUUAUAGCGACUACAACCAACCCCAGCAGGGGAACCACCAGAGAAACGAAAGUGGGAACAACGGCCGUGGUCGCGGUGGCCCACCCGGUGGUGGUCACCAGCGUCGCCACUCGCUGGCCUUGCCCGAAGCCAAGAAGGCCGCCGAACUGGCCCAGCAGAAGCGGACGGCGUCCGGUUUCCAGUUCCCCGCCCCCAGUGAGUCGUCGGACAGUGCGGGCAACUCGGACGGCAAGUCGACCCCCACGGCCCCGCAGCCGUCGCAGACCCAGGGCCUCGGCCUGCAUCGCGCCGGCAACAUGCGGUCCGGUGGCGGUGGUCACGGUCGGAGCCAGUCCAUGGCCGUCGGAGGCAAUCGUGGCUCGCUCUCCGGCCGUGGUGCCGGUGGGUUCCAGUUUCCCAUGUCGAACGACGGCUCGGAAAACCAGCGACGUGGCAGCCAGGCCGGUGGCCAUGGCCGGAGCUCGUCUCGCAACUUCGACAGCAACUGGCGUCAGCCCAACAACCAAAACCAAGGACAGGACCAGCAGCAAAAGGGAUUUGGCCAACAGGGUAGUGGUUUCCAGCCCGGGCACCGUUCCCGUGGGUCCAUGAACCAGUCCAUGGGGUCCAUCGGUUCCUUCCAGUAUCCGGGCCAGCCCCAGCUCAUCCAACUGCCUCAGGGUCAGAUGGUCAUGGCCCAGCCCCAGAUGUUCGGCGGCGGGCAGCAGCUGAACCCCCUGCAGCUGGCCCAACUCCAGGCCUUGCAGCAGAAUGGGCAGAUGAACACCCAGGGCCUCGGGGGCCUGCAGGCGAGUCAGCACGCCCCGCCCCAGCUGUCGCCCCAGCAGCAACAGCAGCAGCAGCAGCAGCAGCGCAAGACGCUCUUCACGCCCUACCUCCCCCAGGCGAAUCUGCCCGCGCUGCUGAGCAACGGCCAGCUGGUCGCCGGUGUCCUCCGCGUCAACAAGAAGAACCGUUCCGAUGCCUACGUGACCACCUCCGACCUGGAUGCCGACAUCUUCAUCUGCGGUAGCAAAGACCGCAACCGUGCCCUCGAGGGCGACUUCGUCGCGGUGGAACUCCUGGAUGUCGACGAGGUCUGGGGUCAAAAGAAGGAGAAGGAGGAGAAGAAGAAGCGCAAGGACAUCACGGACGCCCGGUCCGGUAACAAUGGCGGCCCCGACAAGCUGUCGCGAUCCGACUCCGGCCCCAACGGGGACCGCCAGGAGGUCGGCCCCGACGGAAGCAUCCGCCGCCGUGGGAGCUUGCGCCAGCGCCCGACGCAGAAGAAGAACGACGACGUCGAGGUGGAAGGUCAAAGCCUGCUCCUGGUGGAGGAGGAUGAGAUCAGCGACCAGCAGAAACCGCUGUACGCCGGACACGUCGUCGCCGUGAUCGAACGCAUCGCCGGCCAGAUGUUCUCGGGCACCCUUGGUCUCCUUCGCCCCAGUAGCCAGGCGACGAAGGAGAAACAGGAGGCCGAACGGCAGGCCCGCGAUGGCGCCGGCGGCCGUGGACAUGAUCGCCACCAGGACAAACCCAAGAUUGUGUGGUUCAAGCCGACGGAUAAGCGCGUGCCUCUGAUCGCUAUUCCGACGGAGCAGGCCCCUCGCGACUUUGUCGAGAAGCAUCAGGACUACGCCAACCGCAUCUUUGUUGCCUGCAUCAAGCGGUGGCCCAUCACCUCGUUGCAUCCGUUUGGUACGCUGGUGGAGCAGCUGGGUGAGAUGGGCGACCUGAGGGUGGAAACCGAGGCGCUGCUCCGCGAUAACAACUUUGGCUCCGACGAGUUCUCCGAGGCCGUUCUCAAGAGCAUCGGUUUUGAGGAUUGGUCCGUGGACAGCCAGAGCGAGGCGCUGCUCGCCUCUCGUCGGGAUUUCCGCCAGGAGACGACCUUCACCGUCGAACCCCAGGGCACCAAGGAACUCGACAACGCCUACCACAUCAAGAACCUCCCCGACGGUCGCGUGGAAAUUGGCAUUCACGUCUCGGACAUUGCCUACUUCGUCAAGGGCAACUCCUUGGUUGAUCGGGAAGCGAAAAAGCGUGGCACGGCGGUGUAUCUCAUGGAUCGCCUGGUCAACAUGCUGCCUCCGCGCGUCUCCACCGAGCUUUGCGCGCUGCUCCCGGGCCAGGAUCGUCUGACGGUCAGCGUGGUCCUCACGGCCAACCCCGAAACGGGUGCCGUUGAUGACGAUGUCUGGAUUGGUAAAGGCAUCAUAAAGAGCGCAGGCGGACUGAGCUACGAGGAAGUCGAAUCCGUCAUCCAAGGCAGCUCGGCCGUUUCGGUUCCUGGAAUCUCUUCCGAGAUCAUCCAGUCGCUUUAUGCCGUUGCCUCCAAAUUCCGCGAGGGGAGAUUCGGAAACCGGGCCUCGCGCAUGCCCUCGCUUCGUCUCCUGUAUCAGCUUGACGAUGAGAAUGUGCCGGUUGAGCACAACGUCUUCAACGCCUCUGCGGUCCGCGAGCUGGUGGAGGAACUUAGCCACAAAGCCAACUACUACGUGGCCCGCAAGAUCGUUGGCGCUUUCCCCGAGAAAGCCUUCCUUCGCCGCCAGGGUUCUCCCAACGGCCGACGCCUCCAGACUUUUGUUGAUCGGAUGAACCGACUCGGCUUUGACUUGGACAUGACGAGCAGUGGAAGCUUGCAGAGCAGCCUUUGUAAAGUCCAGGACGACGAACUGCGCAAGGGCAUGGAAACGAUUCUGGUGAAAGCCAUGCAACGUGCCAAAUACUUUGUGGCCAGUAACGUGCCCGAGGAGCGUCACCACUACACCCUCAAUAUGCCCGUGUACACUCAUUUCACGAACCCCUCUCGCCGUUACGCCGAUAUCGUCGUCCACCGUCAGCUCGAAGCUGCCCUGUCCGACGGGGCCAUCGAGUUCUCGGACGACCUGGAGUCUCUGAGCAAGACGGCGGAUCUCUGUAAUAACAAGAAGGAUUCGGCCCACAACGCUCAGGAGCAGAGCGUCCAUAUCGAAGCGUGCCGUGCCAUGGACAAAAAGAGACAGGAUGCCGGAGGUGACCUGAUCAGCGAGGGCAUUGUCAUCUGCGUCUACGAGUCGGCCUUUGACGUUCUCAUUCCUGAGUAUGGCUUCGAGAAGCGUGUCCACUGCGAUCAGUUGCCCUUGAAGAAGGCCGAAUAUCGCAAAGACAGCCGGGUCCUGGAGCUGUACUGGGAGAAGGAUGUGCCUUCUUCGGCGUAUAUCCCCGAGGAUGAACGUCCCAAGCCCGCCAACUCGCGGGCUGCUCAGGCUGCUGCCGCCGCUCGCGAAGCGGAAGCCGCCAAGGCGCGCGCCCGUGAAAGGGAGGAGGCGAUGCGCAAGCAGACCGAGACUGGCACGAUGUCUGCGGACGACGUCGAUGCGCUGUUCGACGACGACGACGAUGUUUCCGAGGUCACUGAGAUGGCUGCUGGUGUGUCAUUGAACUCGUCGGCUGACCGCUCCACGCAGAGCAUGCCGCCUUCGCCGACUCGCAACGGUCACUUGCCGCAGGCUCCGCACCGGACGCGCUCUGACCCGAAGAUUCCGACCAACACGGGCGAUGCCCCCGAGGCCAAGAUGACCAACAAGGAGAAGUAUAUGCAGCUCUUCAAACUCAGGGAGGAAGAUGGAGAUUAUAUCCAGGAUGUCACCGAGAUGACCCGUGUUCCCAUCAUCCUCAAGACCGACCUGACCAAGAGCCCUCCUUGCCUCACCAUCCGUUCGGUGAACCCUUACUCACUGUAG